GGACUAUUAAGUCUAAACUGUUGGGUAGCGCCAGCAAAAUCUGGAAAAAUAUGACAACAGGAAACCAGCAAUUGGGCGACCAAAACAGCAUUCAUAACCCCUUUUCUCCAAUCCCUCUCCCCAGUUCAAUAAAACUCUGGAUUUUACCUUGUAAAAAAGAAACCGAACAAAAUGAUCAGGCCUUCACGUGGUUGCCAUAACCUUUUGGCUUUCUAAUUGGAGGGAUGGCCUCUAAACCUUCCCAAUUCCAUUCCCCCAAACAUGGGUUCUCUCCUUAUUGUUCCCAAAUCCAAUCCUUGUAACAAAACCAGAGCUGCCCACCGGACCACAGAAAAAAUAACCCAGUUUUUGCUCCUUUUUUCCAGGGCCUAACUGAGCCGCAGUAUGAGCUGAACUUGAGUUGGGUCGUGGUCCCAAUUUCGCCCUUGAAGGAAUCAGAAAGGCGGUGAUCGAGACCUUGGGAGGUAUGGAAGAGCCGAACUUUCCAGUUUAUGGGGUUUAAUUGUGGUGGGAUUUCCAUGGUUUUUGUCAAUUUUUCUGACUGCUGAUUCUUUGGGCUCUGUUGGGUUCACUCAUCCAUCCAAGAUUCAUUUCUUUCCGGAGCUUACUUCUAUUAUUGUGCUCUUUAUCUGAAAGCUGUGAUUAGGGUCACAUUCUGUUCAAUUAGUGUCUUAAGCUAGACACAGGAUAAGAAGAAGAAACCCUUUUUUCCAUUUUGUGAGUUGGGUUCCUUUCUUCGUCUUUGGUACUUUUAUCUGCUGCUUUGUUUUGUUUCUGUUAUGAAGGUCGUCACUUUUUAAGCUACCUCAUCAACUUGGCUAUUCAUGAUUUUUCUUGGUGCAGUUUGCAGCUUUUUUAAUAAUGUCUUUUUGAUCUGAAGAUACUAACAUAAGAAGGAAGGGAUAAUAAUGAUUUUGAGCUUAUAGGUUUUCUAGUCUUUUUGUUUUCCAUGUGUGUGUUUGAGUCAGAUAUGGCUGCUAGCUUAGUUGUUGGAUUCUAUAUUUCUAUUGCUUUAGAGACUGUCUAGAUGAAACCCAACUUCAUCUUCUCCAUUUUGCUGCAGUUAGUCUCUGCGUAUCCUAGAAGCUUAAGAUAUUGAGUUGUGGAUGUAUAUUUGGGGCUCCUUUACGGGUAGUUUCGGCCACUUCUCCUCUUGUUAAAAGCAGUGUAGAGGAAGGAUGCUGGAUUUCACUUGUUUGUAUGUGGAUGUCCUUGUUUCUGCAAAUGGGAUGGAGUGAAACCUUGCCUUUGCUUCUGAUGAACCUGAUAAUGGAAUUUUUUGGACAAUUUGACCUUAUGAUUUGUUAGAUUCUGUGUCUUGGUAUCAUCUCUCAGACCAAAGCUUAACUUCUUUUGUCAAUUGUGCCAGUACCUUCAGUAAAAGUAGAAUUUUUACAGAAAUAUUAAAGGAUUUUUUGCAUAGUCUUGUUCAUUUUGAACCUUUGAACUUUUUGUCUUAGUUUUAAUGUCUACAAUUUCACUGGUUUGGCAUAACUGCCGAUGGAUGUUUAUGUUGCAGAAUCUGACACAAUUCUUUGUUUCUCUGCCUCUAUUCUUGUUGUUCGUCCAGAUUUAAGCUAAAAUGUCAUCUUCAAGGCCUAGUCAGUCUUCUACUAGUUCAGCAAGAUCUAGACACAGUGCCCGCAUCAUUGCACAGACCUCCAUAGAUGCCAAGCUUCAUGCUGAUUUUGAAGAAUCCGGUAGUUCCUUCGAUUAUUCAAGUUCAGUGCGUAUAAACAAAGAACCUGGCGUUGAUCAGAGACCCAGAUCUGACAGAGUAACUACAGCUUACCUUCAUCAAAUACAGAAAGGAAAAUUUAUCCAGCCAUUUGGAUGUUUGCUGGCCUUGGAUGAGAAAACUUUCAAAGUCAUUGCUUACAGUGAGAAUGCUCCUGAGAUGCUGACAAUGGUCAGCCAUGCUGUUCCCAGUGUUGGUGAUCAUCCAGCCAUUGGCAUUGGAACUGAUAUCAGAAGCAUUUUUACCAGUCCUAGUGCUGCAGCAUUGCAUAAAGCUCUAGGGUUUGGGGAGGUUUCUCUUUUAAAUCCUAUAUUAGUUCACUGCAAAACUUCUGGGAAGCCCUUUUAUGCCAUUGUCCACAGGGUAACAGGCAGCUUAGUUGUUGAUUUUGAACCUGUGAAGCCUUAUGAAGUUCCCAUGACUGCUGCUGGUGCCUUGCAGUCGUAUAAACUCGCUGCGAAAGCUAUUACACGCCUGCAGUCCUUGCCCAGCGGUAGCUUGAGUAGACUUUGUGAUGCAAUGGUUCAAGAGGUUUUUGAACUUACUGGUUAUGACAGAGUGAUGGCAUAUAAAUUUCAUGAUGACGACCAUGGAGAGGUGAUAGCGGAAGUUACAAAACCAGGCCUGGAGCCUUAUUUGGGUUUGCACUAUCCUGCAACUGAUAUUCCUCAGGCUGCACGAUUUUUGUUCAUGAAAAAUAAAGUACGCAUGAUAUGUGAUUGCCGAGCGAAGCACGUUAAAGUCAUUCCCGAUCAGAAGCUUCCUUUUGAUCUUACUCUGUGCGGAUCCACACUCAGGGCCCCUCAUACUUGUCAUUUGCAAUAUAUGGAGAACAUGAAUUCAAUUGCAUCUUUGGUGUUGGCAGUUGUAACAAAUGAUGAAGAUGAUGAAGGAGAUGGCCCUGAAUCUACGGAGCCUCAGAAAAGAAAAAAGCUGUGGGGUUUGGUUGUGUGCCACAAUACAAGUCCAAGGUUUGUUCCGUUCCCUCUUCGAUAUGCCUGUGAGUUCCUCGCUCAAGUGUUCGCUAUUCACGUCAACAAGGAGUUGGAAUUGGAAAAUCAGAUUGUUGAGAAGAACAUUCUGAAGACACAAACACUAUUGUGUGAUAUGCUGUUGCGAGAUUCACCUUGGGGCAUUGUGUCCCAGAGCCCAAACAUAAUGGACCUUGUCAAAUGUGAUGGUGCGGCUCUUGUGUACCAGAAUCAGAUACACAAAAUGGGAUUAACUCCAACAGAUCUUCAGCUGAAUGAAAUAAUAUCCUGGCUUUCUGAGUAUCAUAUGGACUCUACUGGUCUGAGUACAGACAGUUUGUAUGAUGCGGGGUUUCCUGGGGCGCUUGCUCUUGGCAAUGUAGUUUGUGGUAUGGCAGCUGUGAGAAUAUCUGAAAGGGAUUGGCUCUUUUGGUUUAGAUCACACACUGCUGCUGAGAUUCGAUGGGGUGGUGAAAAGCAUGAAGUAGGCAAAGAAGAUGAUGGUAGGGAGAUGCAUCCAAGAUCUUCAUUCAAAGCAUUCUUGGAAGUUGUUAAGAGGAGGAGUAUACCUUGGAAGGAUUAUGAAAUGGAUGCUAUCCACUCUUUGCAGCUUAUUCUGAGAAACGCUGCCAAGGAAGAUGGAAAAACCAAGUCUGAUACUCCAACUAUCAAUGCAAAACUAAAUGACCUUCGUAUCGAUGGAUUGCAGGAAUUAGAAGCAGUUACUUCUGAAAUGGUUCGUCUGAUUGAGACAGCCUCUGUUCCAAUAUUGGCAGUUGAUGUGGAUGGGGUGGUUAAUGGUUGGAACACCAAGAUCGCUAAUUUAACUGGUCUUCCUGUUGAGGAAGCAAUUGGGAGGCAGUUUCUUACUCUCGUGGAAGAUUCAUCAGUUGAAGGAGUCAAUAAGAUGCUGGAAUUGGCAUUGCUGGGAAAGGAAGAACACAAUGUGCAGUUUGAGAUUAGAACACAUGGAUCAAAGAUGGAAGCCGGUCCUGUUAGCUUGAUCGUGAAUGCCUGUUCAAGUAGGGACAUAAGAGGAAAUGUAGUUGGUGUAUGUUUUGUUGCCCAGGACAUAACAGGACAGAAGACCAUGAUGGACAAGUUCACACGAAUAGAAGGUGAUUACAGAGCUAUUAUUCAGAAUCCCAACCCCCUGAUUCCUCCAAUAUUUGGGACAGAUGAAUUUGGCUGGUGUUCUGAGUGGAACUCUGCUAUGAUGAAACUAUCUGGUUGGCACCGAGAGGAGGUCAUUGAUAAGAUGCUUCUUGGUGAGGUUUUUGGAACUCAUGCUGCUUGUUGCCGGCUCAGGAAUCAGGAAGCUUUUGUAAAACUUGGUAUUUUACUCAACAAUGCUAUCAGUGGUCAAGAAUCUGAAAAGAUUCCUUUUGGUUUCUUUGCACGGAAUGGAAAGUAUGUUGAGUGCCUGCUCUGCGUGAGCAAAAAGGUGGACAGAGAGGGUGCUAUUACUGGAAUUUUUGGUUUCUUGCAGCUAGCUAGUCCCGAGCUGCAGCAGGCGCUUCACGUUCAAAGGCUAUCGGAGGAAACAGCAUCAAAAAGGUUGAAGGUUCUAGCUUACAUAAGAAGGCAGAUAAAAAAUCCACUAUCUGGAAUUAUUUUCUCACGGAAGAUGUUGGAGGGUACUAAUUUGGGAGACGACCAAAGAAAUAUUCUGAGGACCAGUGCCCAGUGCCAGCGUCAACUCAACAAGAUCCUGGAUGACACUGAUCUGGAUUCCAUAAUUGAAGGUUACUUGGAUCUGGAAAUGAUGGAGUUCAAGCUACAUGAAGUUCUGGUUGCGUCAAUUAGUCAAGUCAUGAUGAAAAGCACCGUAAAGGGUGUUAUGAUAGCAAAUAAUUUGUCUGAAACUCUUGUGAAUGAAACACUGUAUGGUGACAGUCUCAGGCUUCAACAAGUUUUAGCCAAUUUUCUGUUGGUAUCGGUGAAUUCUACACCGAAUGGAGGCCACCUGGCUAUUGCAGGAAACUUGACAAAAGACCGAUUAGGAGAGUCUGUUCAGCUUGCUCAUUUGGAAUUUAGGAUAACGCAUUCUGGUGGGGUUCCAGAGGAUUUGUUGAAUGAAAUGUUCGGCAACAAUGAAGAAGCUUCUGAUGAUGGUAUUGGCCUACUUAUCAGCAGAAAGCUGGUGAAACUUAUGAAUGGUGAUGUACGGUAUCUGAGGGAGGCAGGACAAUCGACUUUUAUAGUUUCACUUGAGCUUGCUGUUGGUUGCUAAUAAUAAGCCUUUCUGUGGCGUAAUUGCAUCUUUUAGGGCUCUAAAGAUGCCAUUAAAAUGUGUACAUCCAGAAGAGCCAAUGAAUUUAUUUUCCUGUAAUCUCAAAAUUAGUCUGUGAGAGAAUGUUUUUGGCUUUUCCCUUUUUUGUUGAUGUUUUAGGGUUAGUCUUCUUAUCUUGUCAUCUUGUGUAGAAAAUAAAGGUCAUUUCUAGUUUUGUACUUGCUUCCCAUGAAAUCAUCAGUACACCUCUGCCAGGGUAUGUGUUCCUUCUUUUUGCAGCACUUCUAUGGCAUUAAUGUGGUUAAUGUAAUUGUAACGUGUCUUUGGAUCAAGCACACUCCGACAUCCUCUUCCAAU